CCCGGCGCAAACUGAUGACGUCUCAUGUUCGGGCGGGUGUUUGUCUAUGUUGUGAAAACAGACCGACGGAGACCGGAGCCUUGAGCCUGUCCUCCUCGUGGACAUGAACUGGGAUCAACUGGAUCUCAACCCGAGGAUCAGGGCAGCCGUGAGGAGAGCUGCUCUGACGUCGGUCCGAGACACGUUCUGUGUUUCUAGUCUGGACCUGCAGAGGUCCACCGGUCUGGACCGCUCCGAUGUCCAGCAGUUGCUCGGUGCCGCCGCCGCCGCCUGCAGACGACACGCACCCAUCCCAGCCGUCCUCAUCCUCCGUGGAGAGUGUGGCCUCAGAUUGACGGUGGGUUGUCCGGUGCUGGACGAGCUGCUGAGGGACGGUCUUCCUGCGGGGGGCGUCACUGAGCUCUCUGGAGAGAGCGGAGCAGGAAAGACCCAGCUAGCGCUGCAGCUGUGUCUUUGUGUGCAGUACCCGGUCCAGUACGGAGGCCUGAACGCAGGAGCAGUGUACAUCAGCACUGAGGACUCGUUCCCCAUCAGACGUCUGCAGCAGCUGAUCAGAGAACAGUCGUGUCUGCGCUCUGAUGUUCCUGCGGCAUUGAUCAGCAGCCUCCAGUUCACGGACCACGUCUACGUCGAACACGCCGCUGAUGUGGACGCCCUCCAGGUGUGUCUGUCCCGUCGCGUCCCUCUCCUGCUGACUCGCGGACUGGUCCGACUCGUGGUCGUGGACUCGGUAGCGGCUCUGUUCAGGUCUGAGUUCCAGGCUGAUGAUUGGCUUGAGAGGAACAAACAGCUGCUCACCUUCUCCUCCGCACUGCAACAACUGAGUCUGGAGUUCAACACACCUGUCCUAUGUGUCAACCAGGUAACUGAUGUAUUCAACAGAUCAAACGACACUUUGGGUCCUCUGUCCUCCAGCGUGUCACCAGCUCUGGGUUUGGCGUGGGCCAAUCAGGUGAUGGUCCGCCUGAUGAUGCAGCGUCUUCAGGGGUCCGUUGAACGUGGUGAGCAGAGCAGCGCCCUCCGCAGGCUGGAGGUGGUUUUUGCACCUCACUUGGCCCGAGGUGGACGAGACGCUGCCGUGUGGAGGGAGGGCCUGCGAGGAGUCAAAUAUACAUCAAGCUGAUGUAAAGAUACACUGAACUCAUCAGACACUUUUCAUGUGGAAGUUAAAUCAACUCAAUGUUGCAGGUGAAUUAAUGUUUACAAUAAAAUGUUCAGUGUUCAACUCUU